GCACAGUGUAUCGCCACCUAGACCGCCGACCAGUGCAGCAGAGUACCGCAGAGAACACAUUUGCUCUAGGAACGUGUUGCGCAAAUCUGUCCGACUGCAAAUUGUAGCGUUUACCUUCCCGUCCUUUAGUGCAUCCUUUAUCCCAAUCAACGGUUUCGGUUCCGCGCUGCAAUCAAUGGCCUCGCUGCUGAAAUUUUCGGCUGGCGUGCGGGCGUACAGCCGCAGCCAUCAGCUGCUGUUCCGGCGCACGAAAGUUUCAAAUGCGGCCGAAUUCCGGGCGGCACUGGUGAAUGUGCCACCGACGGAAGUUACGACACUGAACAGUGGGCUGCGCGUCGCGAGCGAAGAUUCCGGCUCGCAGACGGCCACCGUUGGGCUGUGGAUAGAUGCCGGCUCGCGGUACGAGGACAACAACAACAAUGGUGUUGCACACUUCCUGGAGCAUAUGGCGUUCAAGGGUACGGCCAAGCGUUCGCAGACCGAUCUCGAGCUGGAGGUGGAAAACAUGGGCGCACACCUGAACGCGUACACGUCCCGCGAGCAGACCGUGUUCUACGCUAAAUGCCUGUCGCAGGAUGUGCCGAAAGCGGUCGAAAUACUGUCCGACAUCAUCCAGAACUCGCGGCUCGGCGAGACGGAGAUCGAGCGCGAGCGGGGCGUGAUUCUGCGCGAGAUGCAGGAGGUGGAAAGCAACCUGCAGGAGGUGGUGUUUGAUCAUCUGCACGCGACCGCGUACCAGGGUACACCGCUCGGUAACACCAUCCUCGGACCGACCAAGAACAUCCAGUCGAUUGGCAAGUCGGACCUGCAGCAGUACAUCGACGCACACUACAAGGCGCCACGCAUCGUGCUGGCUGCGGCCGGUGGCGUACGUCACGCCGAUUUGGUACGGUUGGCCGAACAGAGCCUCGGCAAGGUAAGCUCGACCGUGGACAGCAAGGCUAGUGCGCUGGCAUCGUGCCGCUUCACCGGCUCGGAAGUGCGUGUACGCGACGAUUCGUUGCCGCUGGCUCACGUGGCGAUUGCCGUCGAAGGAUGCGGCUGGACCGAUCAGGACAAUGUGCCGCUAAUGGUGGCCAACACGUUGAUUGGUGCGUGGGAUCGGUCGCAGGGUGGCGGUGCUAACAAUGCGUCCAAGCUGGCCGUUGCCUCGGCAACCGAUGGGCUGUGCCACAGUUUCCAGUCGUUCAACACCUGCUACAAGGAUACCGGCCUGUGGGGCAUCUACUUCGUGUGCGAUCCGCUCAAGUGCGAAGAUAUGCUGUUCAACGUGCAGAACGAAUGGAUGCGUCUGUGCACGAUGGUUACCGAGGGUGAGGUCGAACGCGCCAAGAACCUGCUGAAGACGAACAUGCUGCUGCAGCUCGACGGUACGACGCCGAUCUGUGAGGAUAUCGGUCGCCAAAUGCUGUGCUACAAUCGUCGCAUUCCGCUGCACGAGCUGGAGCAAAGAAUUGAUAGCGUCACUGCCCAAAAUGUGCGUGAUGUAGCGAUGAAAUACAUUUUCGACCGUUGCCCAGCCGUCGCGGCCGUCGGACCGGUGGAAAAUCUUCCCGACUACGUACGCAUCCGUUCGUCCAUGUACUGGACCCGUCUGUAGAGGCCGAAACAUCGAACCCCUUUUCGGCAGUGGAGAAGAAAAAACAGAACCAGCUAAUGCUACGAAUGUGAUUUCCAACACCUGUAACGCCACCACAAAUUACCAGUCGUACUACUUAGAGGAGUUGACAGACGGAAUGUACAGAUAGCCCAAAUGAAAUUUAAACUUUAAAUAAAACGUUGAAUAAAAUUCAAUCUUAUUCAAUUCUUAA